ACAGACCUCACUCACACUCAUUCAAGUUAUUAAUUUUGAGUGAUGGUUGAGUGUGUGGUACACCUCCCUCAACAUUCACUCAGUUCAAUGUUUGUUUACCAAAAUGGCGGAUGUGUGGCUAAAUAGAAUAGAAGACAAUAAUAGAUUACAACAUGUUGGCGGUCAAGUGCGAAGAGAGUACAAUUUUGACUAUGAAAAGUAUACUGACGAGGAGUUCAGAAGACGUUACAGACUGACGAAAGACGCCUUCCAGGAAUUGUUGCGUUUGGUAAUACCAAUGAUAGCCCCUCAUAAUGAAAGAGGCAAUCCAAUCCCUGCAGAUAUACAGCUGCUACUUACACUGCGUUUCUAUGCCACUGGCACCUUCCAGAUGGCUUGUGGAGAUCUCUGUGACAUUUCCCAGUCAUCUGCAAGUCGUAUCAUCAAAAGAGUAUCAGAAGGUAUUGCUUCGCUUAAACCACAAUUCAUACGGUUUCCUGAAGGACAAGAACUUCAAAAUAUGAAGCUAGGAUUUUGGAGGAUAGCCUGUUUUCCAGGCGUUGUGGGUGCUAUCGACUGCACUCACAUCAAAAUACCAUCUCCAGGUGGUGUGGAUGCAGAACUGUACAGAAACCGGAAGGGCUACUUCUCUAUCAACGUUCAGGCUGUAUGUGGUUACAAUUUGGAGAUGUUGCAUAUCGUGGCCCUGUGGCCUGGUAGUGUACAUGAUGCACGAAUAUUUGACAACAGUCGUCUGUGUGCACAACUUGAAAGAGGGGAUACAGAAGGUAUUCUGCUAGGCGAUGGGGGUUACGCGUGUCGUCUAUAUAUGAUGACUCCAAUAAUAAACCCACUUACAAGGCCAGAGCGUUGUUACAAUGCUUCUCAGAUACGUACCCGAAACACAGUUGAACGAAUGUUUGGUACAUGGAAACGCUUGUUUCCCUGCCUCAGCAUGUCCCUUCGCACAAAACUACAGACCACUUUGACCAUCAUUAUCGCCACAGCAACUCUGUAUAACUUUGUAAGAGCCAGGAAUGACCCCAUGGAUGAGCCACCUCCACAGAAUGCACCGAACCAAGUUGUAGCACAGUUUCCUGUUCCAGCUAGAGGAUUGGGCAAUGCAGCCAGACGUACCAUAAUACAGCACGGUGUUGUUCUUGCUGCAUUGCCAAGCAUCGGGAUUGAGCAGGAGUGGCCUGGGUUUUCCUGACCGGCGGAGUGGAUGAAGUGGGUUGCUUUCCAGUCUCAUCUAGAUCUGUAAUAGUGACAGUUGAUGGAGUGGGUUCAUCAUCAACAUGGCUAUCA